GUAAGUCGGAUGUCUGGGUUUGUCAAGAGCUUCUGUUCGGGUGCAAGGAUGAAUGACAUCGUUUGCCUGACACCCCUGCCGCGGGCCAAGUACAUGCUCAACUCACCGAAACGCCAGAUUUCGCCCAACAUCAAGUUGUUCGUGUCCCCACUCAAGGUUGACCGCUUCGCGACGCCCGAACGUCACACUUACCACUUCAACCAAAGCCCAGCCAAGGAUCUCCUCAGGAUCAACGAAACAGUUAGGAGUGCGUGCGUGGAUGUAGCGAGGAAGCGAAUCUUGCUCGACGGCGAUGCCCCGGAAGACGAGCCGCCCACGAAAAAGCACGUGCUCUACGAGAAGGUCGAGGCAUUUGUGCGGGGUCGCCAGGGCACCUAAAACGGAGUUGUCAGUUUUGAAGUGUAGGUGGCUUGAGAGUUGGAAGCGCUGGGCUCCCCACUAUACUGUUUAACAUUUUUGUUAUCAUAUGGUGGUUUUGGGACGUUAAAUUCCACAUAUCAAUCAACAUUUUUGUUGCUUCGAGACUGGCUCGAUUUGUCAUUGCAGCAAAUCUUGCGUGACACUACUUUUCGUUUUGCUGGCGUGUGUCGCUUUGACGAAAAUUGUCGAACCAUUGCACAUGUGACAAGGUUCAUUGUGCCUCCUGAAGAAUGUUGAUUAUCCAAAAAGAACCUUUGAAUGUGGUGGUGCUCUUGAAGUUGCUUAGAAGUUUAUGCCUGUUGCAAUGGUUCAAGAACCUUUCACCUCGUCUGUACUAAAGGAACUGAAGCACACUAGCAGGGUGUGUUGCUAAAAGCAAUGCUGUUUUUGUUGGUGCUGGAAUGAGUGUGGCAUGAGCAUUUGUUUGGUAUGGCCAAAUCAUGAAGAAUCUUUUUUUUAAUUGUUUUUUUUUAUAAAAACCUUUGGUAAGUACAAGGUAUGCCGAGUGGUGCCUGUAUGUGUGUUUGUGCGUGUGCAAGUAUUCCGUUUGACGGUUUCCUUUCCGGUGUCCCUUUUAAUUUCUCUCCAGUGUCCAUUAGAUAUCAGAAUGACGAUCUGAUAAGUAUCGAUAUUCCUUGUGUGGUGUAGAGAACAAAGAUAGUUGGUAUUCCGACCCACAUAACGUUUGCCGUGGCCUUCGUGUAAUGAGACAGCUUCAACCAGUAGUGGAAUAUACAAACUUGGUGUUUUUUUUAAAAGUGAUGCAUUCUGUGUAUUCAAGCAUAUCUGUGUAUGUGUACGUGUGUUUUGUUCUUAGAUGUGUUUCUGCAACAAGGUAUUCUGCAGCUCCUGUGUUGAGUGCCUUCGCGAGGGGCCGAAGGCCUUUGCUUGGCAUGAGCGGAGGUGGUGAAGACACGAGAAAGCAGUGUUGCAUUUGCACUGCUCUCUCAGAGUGUCAAGUCUGUAUGUGGUUGUGUCGUACGAAGACCAAACACUUUUUACUGUGUAACUAUGCGCACAAGCUGCUGUUUAUGAUCUCUUUGCGUUUGCUAAUAUAUAUAUACUCAUAGUGCAAUGGUGUUUUUUUCGUGGCAGUGCAGCAGUUUUCACUGUUAUUUAGUGAUCCUCUGAAACAUUAAAUGAUGUGCAUCAUUGAAACAUUCAUAUGAUUAUUUAUUUAAUGACUACAAAUGCUGCUCUUGCAAGCUUCCCUGCAUUUUUUCUUUCUGAUGUUUAUUUUGUAACUCUUAACUUAUUGUGCAUGUGGUGUUUUUAUGCAUGCAGAGAAAUACAAACCGGUGCAGUAUUCACAGAUUUUGUGGCUCACUUUCAGUCUGUAUUUCUUAAAUGUAGUGCUAGGCCUCGUUUCAUGACAACUGGCUGUGCCUAGCAUAGAGGUUGACAAUAGACCUGCACGGGAUUGUGUGUUUUCAGAGGCUCAUCUAACAGGGGUAUAGUGAAACUGAAAGGGUAUGGUGCACUUCAAACGCUAGGCUGGUGCGUCAGUGACUUUCUUUUUUGCACUGGACGUGCCCGUGACCCACGUAUGUCUGACUUUGUAAAUGGUCUCUAGAUCAGCUUGUUUAAUCUCACAGAGUUGGAUUAGAGAAUGAGGGAUAGCUGUUGUGCAGGAGGCUAGGAGAUUAACCAGAGGAUUAAUAUCCAGUUAUGUGCUGUGAAAGGGGCUAGGGUUGGCAGAGAGGUAAUAAAGAAAAACUAAGCACUGUAGUGAGAAUGAAUACAUGACAGGGAUUCACUUAUUUACAUUGUGGUCUCCAAAAUGGCCUGUACGCGAGUACAAAUUCAGGACUAUUCUGAAGCGUCUGGUUUUAAAGUUAGAUGUAGGCACGUUUGAAAGGUUUCAGUCGCUUUCAUGACCGGCUUCAUGACGCAGCGUACAGGCAGCACAUUUUUGUGUGCAAAAUAUAAUUGCAUCUCGAAGCCAUGGAAUGGCAUUCUACUAAGCCGUAAUGCCUGUUAUUUGGUAUUUCACUAUGAAUGAUAUUUUAUUUACAUAAAUGUAGUACUGGUCCUAGUCUCUUUCUGCACCGCCAUGGCCAUUUGCAGUUCACUAUCAUCCAUCAUUUCCCAUUCUAUUGAGCAUGGGCCAACAGUUUUACAGACAUGCCUGUAGAGUCAACUUCUCCGUCUUUGUUUUAAUCUCACGUGAAAGUGAUUAGCUUAAAAUUCCUGGAACAGGGAUUGCUGUUGGAGUCAAAGUUUGGACUCUAGUCACACACGACUUCAGAAGUUCGUGACACUUCCUCCUCAAAGGCUCUUCAAUGGUGCACAAUGCUUGCACCAGUAGGUGCCCACUCCAGACCGGGGGCAUAGGCAGUGAUUUUUCAUGAGGGGCUGGCACCACCUUGACCUGAAUUGAAAGCUGGACAGGCAGAUAAAGUUGAGUGUCAUUUUGCGCUCUGUAUGCCAUGCCAAGAAAAAAUUCAGAGAGGAGGAAGCCAGGAAACAGGCCCAAUGCACCACCCCCUGGCCACGCUACUGCUCCAGAACACAGUGGACACUCAUAAAUGGAACCUGAAGGGACUGGGAAAAUGUGUUCCGUUCAACAGGAGUUCCAUUUACUGAGAGGUGAACUGGGGUCCAGUAUGCAGGGAUUAAACCAAUCAUAUCAGAGGCAGUUGUUCCAUUUAAGCAGCAGUUCUGUUUAAUAGAUUUCUGUUUACCGAGAGUCCACUGUAAUGUAGUGAGGCUCGCUUUUGAAGAACUUUGCCUAGUGCGCGAGCAGGACUAUUUCGGUAGCCGAAGAGUCGAUCCGCUGUAGUGCUUCGGUCGUCUAGGCGUAGCCUCUCCAGACUUAAUAAUUUCCAUUCAGCUAAGUAGUCUUGGCUUCUUCAAGGCUGUAACCUUUAAGGAGACGAGACCGCUUGUUGAAACGACGCUAGCAACAACCUCAUCUCGCAACUACACGGAGCAUAACCUGUCACAAUGACGGGGAUAAGUAAUUCGGAGAAAUAGAGUUGAUAUGGUAUAGACUAGACCACCUUAGGUCCUACAGGGGUUAGUUCAAGGCAACAGUGCGUCACUGCACAUGAGAUAAAGGGAGUCGCUGGGCCUUCGGAAGAGCGAGGGCUCGUCUGGUAAACCAGUGCCCAACCGCACGUCCGCUGGUCUGAGCGUGGGGAGACCUACGCAAACUCUACUGAGAACCAUUGGGUUAGUGAGGGCUCAUCUGGCAGCGAGUGCCCAUACGCCAACUCCGACGGUCGAUGGCAAGCUAAGGAGAGUUCAGAACAAGGUCUACACACUGACAACACUUGGGAGAGUCUCCGCUUCUUCGCUCCCGGCGGCUGCUUUAACAAGCCCAUGCACUCAAGGUCAGCGAGUGGCAUGGGGCCAUUGGCUUUGUUCAGGGAGGUACCAAUGUCACUGGCAUCUUCUAAAAUGUUUGAGAGGAACAGUGGGAGAGAGGGGAGAUUUCUAGUGAGCUGAAACAUGGAGCAGGCAUUUUUUCUUUAUUUUCAACAUACAUGGCACCCCUAUUCAAGAAAUUUUCGUCAAUUUCAUCAUCUUUUCAACUGUCUUGCUUAAAGUGAGAUACAGCAUGAUAAGCUUGAAUGUGAUUGUGGUAGUCUAAAAUGCCCUUGCUGUGCCCAUUUGUGCGAAUAGGGGAAAAACGUGCAUAUUUGCACAAUUCUGAAGGGGUAGAGUGUUGAAAGUACAAAGACAUGUACAAAGUCGCUGUUUGUGUUCGUUAUAGCAUUUCCUGCAUUUGAUUAAGCUGUAAAAAUGAGUUGUAUGUAAGGGAACUACAUUGAAAUUUGUUAUUGGGAGUGGCUAGUUCUGGAUAGAAAAUGAAGUGGGUUUCAAAACAAAACAUUGUUUUUGACACUGUAAUAGAAGAAAAAAAGAUAAUAAAAAAAUAAAGCCCUACCAAUGAGAACUUUCAAGAAUCAAGAGCAUCCUUGCCAAGAUUGUUCGAGUAGAGUGGGUGCCAGUUUACAGCCAAAUAUGAAUUUUGUUGCAGUCAAGUUUUUAGAGAGCUGCUGCACUUGCUGCCAAUGAUUUAACUGUUCCUUUUUGGGUGAGCAAAGUUGUGUGUAGAGUUUGCUUCCUCGGGAUUGUUUUGUGGGUGUGUGGUACAUACAGUGAUGCGGUUUGCUUCGCAACAGUUGGCUACUUGUUGCUAUUCGGUGCUUUGUCAUUAUUUUGUGCUGAUGUAUUCUACAUAUUGUGUGUGUGUGUACUGUGCAUAAAGACCAGAUGAUGUGAUAUGUGUGGUAUUUUAUGUCACGAGGGCUAGUAGUGGCGAAACAGUGCCGAGGAGAAGGCGGUAGAGGGAGGAAAGGCAGAAAGGGUGUGGCUCUGCCUUUCCAGAAUGUGUGGGCACGCACCCGCAGAAAGAAGGGAAAGCAGCGUUCCUCUUGAAUUUUGAGCUAUUUCUGUAGCAUGUAGCGUUGCGAAUUUCGGCCGACAGGAUCGUGAAUGCCCUAUGUAUGCAUUGCGCUCGUCAGCUGGAAAUUGUCAAACCUAGUGACCCACUGUUUAGACACACUGUUUAAGUCUGCAUGUUACCUGCAAUGUGUACAUGCGUGUGCGUACCAUUCAAGUAAUGUGCUAUAGCCAUAGGUUAGCACACACAUUCGUGAGUCGACUGACUCGGACUCGGAUCGAGCCGCGAGUCUGAAGCGAGCCCGGGUGAGAGAUUUUUUGAGAGAGUCUGAGUGAGUUCCACUUUUGUUUGCAACCUAUACGUCCUAUCUACUCAUCUUCAACAUUACUAUUAGCCUUAUUUGCAUUCACAUUUGCACUCAUGCCUACUGACACGUAUUCUGAAGCAGUGUCAUUCAUAAACCAUUUCUAUAUUUGUUUAUUGGAGGCAUGAAUUAUGUUAGGAGGGUGCCCCACCCACUCUUCCAGGGAAGUUCUUAAUAAAGGUAUCUUAUGUUGUCA